GCUAACAAUUGGGAAACUAUCGUUUAAUUUAUUGAAAGGUUGUUUGUACUUGAUCCAGUUAUAAAUGCAAGUCUAAUUUACACAUUUUGAAGUCACCGGUUUUUGUUUUGGUUUUUGGUUUUUUUUGGUUGAAUUUUGAUUUUAUUGUACAGACGUGAACAGCGCAGAUACAGUACCACAACAAAGCUAUUGGCGAUCAUUGUCAGAUAAGUACAUUUGACACAUCAUCACCCUCUAAGAAUCAUAUUUAUUUGAUCUUAUCGCUAAAAGGGAAACUGUAAUUAAUGGAUCGUUUUAAGUUGGUUCUGCAGUAUUUUCAGUCAAAUUCCGAGUCCAUCUCCAAUGGUAUCUGUAUAAUAUUGUCCUUGAUAAGCGUCAAGCUGUACACAAGUUUUGAUUUCAACUGCCCCUGUUUACCGCAAUACAAUAAGAUGUACGCCAUGGGGGUCAUGUUCGUACCGCCAAUUAUAUUGUUCUGUUUGGGAGUAUUAGUUAAUCGUCAUACAGGGGUGUUGAUGGAAGAAUGGGUCAGACCCACUGGGAGGAGGACAAAAAAUCCGGCAGUGGUUAAAUUUCUGCUUUCAUCAAUGUUGCAACGGGCCCUUCUGGCUCCCAUGGUCUGGAUCCUAAUGACGCUCCUGGAUGGAAAAUGUUUCAUCUGCGCAUUCAGUAUGAAUGUUGACCCCAAACAUUUUACUGGCAUCCCCAAUAGCACUAGCCUGGAACUGAUAAAGAUCAUGGCUAAGGUGCCCUGCAAAGAAGAUGUUAUCUUCAAGAACAGCAGUUUUCGGAAAGCUGUGUCACGAUAUGUGCGUUGUUACUCCCAAGCAAUAGGCUGGUCAAUCCUCCUCAUCCUUAUCUUUUUGGGUGCUGUGGGUCGAAUCAUGAAGCCUUGCUUCAAUCACGCCACUUUUCUGCAGACCCGUUACUGGAGCAAUUACCUGGACAUUGAGCAGAAACUCUUCGAUGAGACCUGUGUCCUCCAUGCCAGAGACUUUGCCAGAAAAUGUGUGGUGCAGUUUUUUGAGAGCAUGCGAGAAGAUACAACUCUGAGACUGCCCCUCUCGAGUGCACUCGGACCCGGCACAAUUCAGAAGGAAUAUGAAGAGGAAGAAGAAGAGCGUCUGUAUGGUAUAACGAGACACGAUCAAGUGGAUAAUUUGCUACAAACCUGGUACCAGUGCAAACCAGAGCUGAAUGUGACCAGGAUGGCCUAUAAACCCAAAGUGUGUAUCACUUGGGAAGAUCGCAAUGGAAAAGCAAUAUUCUCUGAAGUGUAAAACUGAGAAGCACAAAUCAUCUCUGAACUUUAGAUUCAUGCUAAAUGUUAAUAAUGAUGCUCAAAAAUGUUGAUGAACCCUUUGAAUUGUAAUGUUCUGAGAAGUUUGUAUCAAAUUAUUGUCAAUUUAGUAACUCUUGUGUUAACCAACUUAAAGAGCUUGCAGGCUGGUGCAUUUGUCUAUGCUGGAAUUUAGUUUGUGUAAUUUUGCAUGUCUCCAUCCACACACAUUACACAACAACUGCAUGGCUCAGAUGCAAAUGACUGCCGAACCUAGUCAGCACCUGAAAAAAUAAUAGGCCUUUUAUAUAUUAAAUAAUAUAGAACAUAGAAUUAAUGAAUAAUGUUGAUAUUUCCUGUAUGUUGUUUGAGUUUAGCAGCAUGGCAGGUAAACCAGUGUCAUAGAAUGCCUUUUUUGUAACCCUUUAAAACCAAAAAGCCCAUGUCCUUGCCUGGAAAUAUACUUUUGC